UGUCAAAAGCUUGUUGCUUAAAUCUGUGCAGUGCUGUAAAGUGAUGAGGAAAUGAGGACGGGGAAGAUGACCAAAUAACAAGCUUUAAUUCUUCAAACAGAGCAAGAAACGCGUUAUUAGACAGACAUAUUAAGAACACUUGACAUCUUGUUUUUUUGUUAGUUACCGUGGUCGUGUCGUCUGUCCUGGCUGGUGCGUGAUCUUCUGGGAAGCGGUUCAUCCGUGAUGAUGAGAUCAGUGACAGGAAGUGCCUUUGAAAGGAUAUCAUCGACCUGUGGUUUCUGCGUGUUCAUCAGUGGCCCAUGCUCUCUGUAAGGCCAGGCUCAAGCUCCAACAUCAGAUACCUCCGCAGCAGCCUUUUGCCACUUUGCACAACAUCAGGACCUAAAAGUAUAGCAAAAUAAAGCCAUAAUAUAGUCGGACAGAGGAUAGUUACCCAGGAAUGUAUGACUAAAGUGAUGAAUCUGCUUUCUCAGUGUGCUUAAUGCUAAUGGAGGACUCACCAGGUUGUUUUAUCAGAGAACUUUGUAUAUAGAGCCAAUUGACAUUGUGGUGUUAAAGGCACAAGAAGACUGACUUUGAAGAUUUUGAUUUAUGAAUACAACCUUUGGAUAUGGCGUUAAACCUUUCCUCAGUCAGAGACACAAAAUGGCUAACUCUGGAAGUGUGCCGACAGUUCCAGCGAGGAAACUGUUCACGUAGUGAUGAGGAGUGCAAAUUUGCUCAUCCACCCAAGAGCUGCCAAGUCGAGAACGGGAGGGUUAUUGCCUGCUUUGAUUCACUGAAGGGCAGAUGCUCAAGAGAAAACUGCAAGUACCUUCAUCCACCUUCACACUUAAAAACACAGUUAGAGAUCAACGGGCGAAACAAUCUCAUCCAGCAGAAGACAGCAGCGGCCGUGCUCGCCCAACAGAUGCAGCUUAUGAUCCCAGCACCCAGUCUGCAGCCUGUGGGACUUGGCACAAAUACUGGUCUUGGUUAUGGGUCUUAUAUGACACCGUUAAGCCAUGGGAUGAGCCUCGUCCCCACAGACAACCUGCCCAGCACUCCAGUCCUAGUGUCCGGGAGUCCACCUGUAACGGUCCAGAGCUCGUCCACCUCCUCCUCUUCCUCCUCUCCCUCACAGAAGCUGCAGCGCACAGACAAACUGGAGGUGUGUCGUGAGUUUCAGAGGGGAAACUGUGCACGAGGGGAGACAGAUUGCCGCUUCGCUCACCCCAGUGACAGUCCCAUGAUUGACAGCACAGACAACACUGUCACUGUUUGCAUGGACUACAUCAAGAGCCGCUGCUCCAGGGAGAAGUGCAAGUAUUUUCACCCGCCUGCACACUUGCAGGCCAAAAUCAAAUCCAGUCAACAGCAAGUCAGUCACACAGCCGUGGCAGCCCAGGCAGCAGCUGCAGCCAUGACUCAGUCGACUGCCAAAGCAAUGAAGCGAUCCCUCGAGGCAACUGUAGACCUGGCCUUUCCCCACAGCAUCCUUCAGCCUCUACCAAAGAGACCGGCUCUGGAGAAGACUAGCUGGGCCAGCUCUCUCCUCAGCCCCAGCUUUCUGCAUUACCAACAGGCUCUGGCAAACACACAGCUGCAGCAGCCGACCGCUGCAUUUUACCCCACAGGUUCUGUCUUCUGCAUGACACCUGCUAACAGCGUUGUCCCCAUGAUGUACAGUGCUACGCCUGCUACUGUCUCUGCAGCAACUACUCCCGCCACAAGUGUCCCCUACGCAGCAACAGCACCAGCCAAUCAGAUCAUCCUCAAGUAACCACCAGGAGCAGAAGUCAGUGCUCUGUCGCUGCUGUUAAAGACCCCAAACAGCUGCUCUGUAAAUACUCUGUUAACACCACACACAAGCUACAACAAGCUGCAUGCUGAUAACAUCCCUGUAAACAUGACUUUAAUCCUCAUAAUCAGUAACAUAGCUCAGAUAGUAGGGUUUUACUGUGUUAGAGAAGUGUCCCAGAAGAUGGCUGUUUGUAUGCGCCUUUGCACCUGCAUUAACAUGCAUCUCCAGUGAUGUGCAGAAGAUUCCUCAUUUCUAUUUCCUUAAGCCAUCUGACAAAGUCAGAGUGAUAAAGCUUCAAUGUGUCUGCUGUUCACAUAUUGGUGCCUCAUGUUUGAAGUCAGUUCUUAUGAGCAAACACAACAAAAAGCAGUUCAGAAACAGCAGUAACACCUAAUUCUAACUGAUAGUCAUUUUAUUAAUAAACUCUGUAAGAGGAGGCACAACAGAUCUUAAAUGAGCGCAGUGUCAGAGUGUUAAUACGAGGUGUAAAGGGGGUUUGUUGUGAGAAAUUGUUCAAAUUGUGUCACUAUAAUAUAAAGCAGCAAAUUAUUUUUCCUUCUUGAAUGUGUUACUUAAAAAAGGGGAACUUUUUCCACUUUGAUUGUUCAUCUAGUGCCACAUUUCAUUAUUUUAAACUAAAGAAGACAAAGCACUUAUUUUAACCUUAAAAACCACACUGAUACUAAAGGUUUCUUGAAAAUGUUCUGAGGGAAGUUCAUAAAUGUUGAUCCCCAGAAAACAGGAAUAGUGCUCCACCUCCUGGUGUGCCUUUGCAUUGCAUUUACAGUAUGUUUGCAGAGAGAGAAUAUACUGUAUAAUCCAUUUGCUGCAGAGACUUUUUUUCUUUAUAAGGCAGUGAUGCAAAAGUGACUAAAACGGAUAAAUGCCCCUCUUUAUGAUGGAAGAUAUUUACUUGAUAGCCAUGUGUCAGAAGAUUCUGGGCCAGGCUUCUCAAAGAUUAUUUGACUUGGCUCAAGUCAAGUUUAAGUUUUAAUAUUAACUGUCAGAGAAAGCACAUUGCCUUCUCAACACUAAAAACAUUCACCAGUAGAUUCACUUUGAUCAAUCUGAGCUGUCUUUGUGAACCCGACCCUGUAAAAUUAAGAUAUAAAUGACCAAAAUGUCAGAUUUAAGUUCCCUUAUCCAUGUCAGGGUGGUGUAGUUUGUAAACUGUUAGUCUUAAUGUUACAGUCAGAUGUCAGUACUGUAUUAUUUGAAUGUUACUAGUGCCUAAAGAAUUGUCAGGAUGAGGAUAUCCAUGCAUAUUUAAAAGGCUUUGUGUGAAAACAAAUACGUCACAUCUAAAGAGAAAAGUUUUGCACUGCUGUGAGUGCAAUUGUGUUCACCUGUUUAGAUUUAUUAAACAAGUAAUUUUCACUAAUAUUUGAAUUUUUAUGGCUGUAUAAGAAUUAAUAAUCUUGUUUCUUUUAAGAUGUAGUGUAUAAUUAUUUCCUUUCUAGUUUUAUGCACAGUUAAAUACAUUAUGUAGUAAAGUAGAAUAUACACAGGUAGGGUAGUCGUGUACGGUUGAUGCAACAUUAUGCAAAUACUUUAAGUGACAGCAGACAGAGUGGCUAUUGUGUUUGUGGAAACAGAACUAAUAUUAAAAACACGUCACACAUUUAUGUACUGUUAAACAUUGCUUUAGUUCCAUAGUUGUUUUUAAUUCCUUUUUUAUCUAUGAAACAUGUGAGUACACUUUAAUGUGAUUAACUGAGACAAUCCACUGAGAGAGUUUUCAUUUGUUCACAUGUGUGUUCAUCACAAGUUUGACACAUUAUUGGAUGAAUUAUAAGGAGUAUAAUUAUAGUAGUUUAACACUUAUAAAGAUGUAUUCUCUUCUAUUUUAUGAUGAAUGUAAUUUAUUAAACUGACUUUAGCUCUGCUGGAGGUUCCUCAAAGGGCCUCCGUAUGUUGUAUUAGCCUAUGAAAAGCCGUCUCGUGUCCAGGGAUCAAAUGUUAAAGCUAAAAACAUUUCAUCCCUGUCACUGCCUUGUCACCUGUAAGGGACAACUUACCUUUGUAUGAGCAAGGCCAUAGAUAGAAAUGCUUUUUAUGUACAAAAGUGCAUUGUACAGGCCACAUUUAAGGUAACUUUCAUGAUAGUGUAAUGAUAUUUUGUCAUUUAAUUGUGUUGAUGUGUUGCUGAGGCAAUCUGAAGUUGCAGUGGUAAGUUACUGUAUUUUUGAAGGUGAUGAAUUUGUUUUCCUCUCCUCACAAUAACAUUCAAAGUCGUCCUGUCAGACUUAAUUAUGCCGUGGUGAGACACCAUGCGGAUACAAAUAUAUUUUGAAAUGUAACUUUUUUAAUAUAUUGUCUUACUGCAUGUGAACAUCUUGCAGUAAAUUCAGAUUCCAGCGACAGUUUUAAUUUUCUCAUCAGAUUUUGGUCAUUUUUCAAAUUUUUCUUGUUUUACUGUAAAUAUAUGAGACUAAUUUCCCCCUUAUUUAUUUCACCUUCAGAACAAAAGGCAUAUAACCGAAUGUUUGUUUCACCUUCUGACAAAAAGCUUGAAUGUGAUGGUUCCACCUGCAUGAGGUUUGUUUGAGAUUUUGAUCACACAGUCAUAAAGAUGUGGACCGUAAGAAUGUUUGGUCUGACUGACUGAUGGAAACAUUUCACCGAUAAGCACUUUCUCCACAGUCAGACGACUGAGAAGACAUGCUUUUUGUGAACUUUGCCUUAUCUUUGAUCUAUUCCUGAGUUUGUAUUUGUUAAGUGAUUAUGAAUUCCUUAUUGUCUAAUAAAUAAAAUACAUUUCA